UACUGCCAGCUGUCUAGCCCUUGCCAACGUUCACUUUCCAAAAAAAUCCCAUUAGCUUCGGUUCCCAGCCAAAGAAAAACUCGACCGUUGCCUCCAAACCUAAUUUCAAAUCUCAGUAACUCCUACUACAAGUUGAUAGAAUUCAAGAAACCAGCACCCCCAACACAGUCCCCAAUUAUCCUUCUUGUUCCAUUUCUUCAGAGAAGAAGGAAAAUGGUGUCUAAAAUCAUCAAGAGAACUCCGACAAAGUCCAUCAAGAACCGGAGGAAUCUCCCGAGCCAUCUCCGCCGUAGCCGGAAGAAAUCCCCUGCUAAAAAUCCAGCCUCUGUAGUUGUUGCUUCCAUUAAUAAAUCCUUGUACACUUGUCACCGCCGUCUUAUUAAACUCUUCACGAAAUUCACCCGUGUUGCUACUCCUAAGAAAACCCCAAGAAAACAGGGAUAUCAGCUUCUUGGUAAAGUUUUUGAUGAACCUGCAAAUGGGAAUAAUUUGAGGCGAUCGCUUUUUGAUGAAGGAAAUGCCCUUCCCCCAUUGGUGUCACCUGAGAAAAAAACCAUCUUUCUUGACUUGGACGAGACUUUAGUGCAUUCUAAUCCAAACCCACCUCCAGAAAAGUACGAUUUCAUUGUUAGGCCGGUGAUUGAUGGACACAGAGUUGAAUUUUAUGUGUUGAAGAGACCAUUUAUGGAUGAAUUCUUGGAAUUUUUGAGCGACAAGUUUGAGGUUGUUGUGUUCACUGCCGGGCUUAAAGAGUAUGCUUCUCUUGUUCUUGAUAGAAUAGACAGGAAAGGUUUGAUUUCACAUCGAUUAUAUCGGAAUUCUUGCAAGGAAGUUGAUGGGAUGUUUGUGAAGGACUUGUCUGACAAGGGGAGAGAUAUGAAGAGGGUGGUGAUAGUUGAUGAUAACCCGAAUUCUUACCUUUUUCAGCCGGAGAAUGCUAUUCCGAUUAGGCCAUUUACCGAUGAUCUUGCUGAUGGGGAGCUCAAGAAGCUCAUUGAGUUCCUUGGUGGGUGUAAUGAAGUUGAAGAUAUGAGAGAUGCUGUGAAGGUUUAUCUUGCUGAAGAAGAAGAAUACACAUCAGUGGAAAUUUAGUUUUUUUUCUCUCUUUUUAUGCUUAGUUUAUUUAUGCAUUUGUUGGUUGCUUUUCUGGGAAUUUAAUGUAAUAGGUAUGAACACUUUUUGUGUUCAGUUGGAAAUGAGAUAUGAAACUUGUAUACAAUUCUGAAAA